GUGCCUCUCCGUUCCUCUUCCUCCUCCCAAAUUCCCCAUGAAAGCAAUUCUGGUUCCUCUUCCUCCUUGGCCGCAGCUUCCAUCCGCCGAACAUCUUGCACGCCCGCAUCACCGCACUCGGUGAAAAUCUCGCCUGGAGCUGGUCUGCUACUCCGGCGAUCGGUGCCGUUGAUCGUCUGAUCCAGCCAUCUCCGACGGCUGCUUGCUGCGGCACCUUCCCGUCCCCUUUCCCGGCGGCAUGGACUGCCCCAGCCCCAGGGUGCUUGUGGUGGCCGGGCUCCCCGACGAUCUUCUGAUGGAGAUCCUCUGCCGCGUCCCCUUCAGGUCCCUCUACCACUUCAAGUGCGUCUCAAGGGCCUGGCGCAAUCUCAUCUCCAACCCCCUCCACCGCUCUAAGCUCCCCCAGACCCUAGAGGGUUUAUUCCACGAAAUCCACCACCGCCGCCAUGGCUGCAUGGGAUUCGGGGACCUGUCGAGGAGGUCACUGCCCCUCGUGGAACCCUUGUUCUCCUUCUUCAGGAACCUGCCUGUUGCUGACUCCAAUGAGGGCAUUAGGCUCAUGGAUACCAGCCACGGGCUCCUCCUCCUUGACCAUGGUGGUUAUAGCUUAGACUCAUCACCUAGUUACAUCGUGUGCAACCCUGCGACGAAGCAAUGGCUGGCCGUGCCUGACUUGGACUGGACUCCAUCAUCGCCGUGCAACGGAUUGUCUGCUUAUUUGAUUUUCAGCCCGGCUGUAUCCUUGCACUUCAACCUGGUUCAGUUCAUGAACGAGGAGUUCACCGGCGUAACAUCGGUGCAUACCUAUUCGUCGGAAACCGGGGCAUGGACUCACAGUGAAAGUGCCUGGAGCCUAGAAGAGAAGCAAGCCCCGUGUGAAGGAUGGUGCUAUCAGAACUGCAGCUUAGUACCUGAGAGGAAGAGCACUGUCAUCAACGACAUGUUGUAUCUGGUCUGUGAUUCAGUAGGAGAGGGUCAGGUCUUAGAUGGGAAUCACAUCAUCGCCGUAGAUGUGGAAGGGAAGACAAGGAGUUUCAUGCCUGCGCCUUUCCAGACGCACAAAGAAGAGUGCAGUAUACUGUCUGAUUUUGUUGGUCAGUCCCAAGGGCUUCUGAAUGGUCUGAUGAUGUCCAUUCAGAAGGUAGUGAGGACGAUGAUUUGGACUAUGAACUGUCCAUCUGGGUUCUUAAGGUCGGUGAUACACAAGAAUUUGCCCUCAAGCACCGUGUGAGCUUCUUGCACCUGUUUGGGGAAAAGUGUUGCCAGGCUGGAAUUGACUACACUGUGGUCGCCAUUCAUCCUGAUCCUGAUAUGAUCUUCUUUACUGAGAAUCAUAAACUGAUAUCUUAUGAUAUGGACACUAAGGAAGUGUGUGCUCUCCGCACUGUCAGAGAUGCCUAUGGGUUCACUUCAUAUGUUCCCUGUUACUCAGAGGCACCAGCACUGAGUAACAAGUAUUGAAAGUGUUGCUUCAUGGGGGGUACUUAGAACAUUCAACAAGAAUUCCAUCUGGAGAAGUUAGCAUCUUGGCUACUACUCGAACUAGGUGACAUAUUUGCUGGUGCUUGUAUGUAUUCACUCUCAUACUUUUGACCUGAUAGAUAAAUACUGCAAGACAGAUGAGAGUUGAGACAUCCAUGUAGAGUUGCUAUUUUUGGCAUUCAUAUGUAUGCUUUGAUACCUACCUUUUGUUUAUCCAGAAUGAUAAUUAUUUUGAAUUCUUCCUUUCUCUUGUCCUUGCUAGUGAUGGAUUACAACUUCUGAAUC